UUUAUUUUUGUGUGUGUUUUCCUUCUUAGCCGCAGUAGUAAUCUUCGUUGUCUCUUGAGCAUUUUAAUUUCUAAAAUCGCACAAUUUCCGCUACCAAUUAACACGUUAAUUAUGAAUUAAUUAACGGAAGUGCACUACUAAUAAUACAGAGCGAGUAAUAAAUUAGAAAAUGGCAGUGCUCGGUGCACAACUAGUGCUUACACUCCUCACUUUAAGUGUUAUACAAAAACUGAGUCCACAUUUUUCCUUCGCCAAGUGGAUACUCUGCGCUACAGGCUUGUAUAGAUAUUUACAUCCUACAGAUGAUGAAUUGCGUACACUAGCUGGUGUGCCGAAGGAGAAGCAUACAAAAGGCGGUGGCGGCAAAGGCAAUAAAGGUUACGAUGUGCGUAAUGGUACUGGACAAUUUCAUAUACCGCGUAACUUGGAAGUGCAGUUGGAGACAACACCGGUUGUGGCACGCGACGUAGUACACCUCCGAUAUUUUACAGAAUACCAAUGGCUGGUGGAUUUUAGUGCUUAUGCAGCUGUUGUAUAUAUUUUAUCAGAGGUCUACCACUAUUAUUUUCCUUUGAAAAAUGAAUUUAAUCUAAGCAUGAUUUGGUGUCUCCUGGUAGUGUUCUUUGCGCUUAAACUACUCUCUUCGCUCACUUGGUUGUACUUCCAAAACGAAGAAUCAAUUGGUGAACGUUCCAUGGUAAUUGUGGCAUGCCUUGUGUAUCUACUCAUUGCUAUGAUUGUACUAAUCAUUGAUGAGCGACAUCUUGAGACAGGCUUGGAACACGCCUAUAGUAGUUUCAAUGAUAGUGCCUCAAAGUUCCUAACUGCACAGGGUUUGCCAUCAUCUGGGCCCGCUUCAAAGUUGAUCGUUAAACUCUGUAUGGCUGUUGGCUGCGGUCUCUUGGGUGCCAUAUUCACUUUUCCCGGUCUGCGCAUGGCGAAAAUGCAUUGGGACUCACUGAAGUACUGCAGCGGUCGCAAAGCAGUGCAAUUGUUACUCAAUAUAAGCUUCAUUUUGCCAUUUCUACUAAUAAUACUCUGGAUUAGACCGAUAAGCAGAGAAUAUUUGACUGAACGCAUAUUUGAGGGCAUGGAGAAGCCAUUACUUUCCGUGCAGGCUUUUGAAACUAUGCGUCUUUUAAUUGUCAUCUUAGUGGUUUUGUUGCGUUUCGCUUUAAUACCAAUUUAUUUGCAAUCUUAUUUAAAUUUGGCGCAUGAUAAAAUUGAAGAUUUGCGUAAGGAAGCUGGACGCAUAACAAAUGUGGAGUAUCAAAAGAAGAUAUCUUCCAUAUUUUAUUACCUCUGCGUGGUCACGCUACAAUUCGCUGCGCCGCUUUUACUCUGCUUAUAUCUCACAUUAAUGUAUAAGAGUUUGGGUGAAUUUACUUGGGCCGGCAUACUACAAAGCAGCAAUAGCAGCAGCAGUGUUUGUACAGAUAUGUGCCCGUUGACUGAUGCACCCUUGCUUGAUAGUGAUGUAGAACUUGUUGCUACAACAACUGCACCACCUGCAUUCGUAACAAACAUGAACAGCAUGCCGACGGAAGAGCUUGUUGGUGAAAAUGUACAAGGCGAUGAUUUUAAUAUACUCGAAUCAGCAAAUGCUAUGCAUGCGCAGUGGAUUAGUUUGAAGAAUGUCUUCAAUGCUGAUGUGUAUAAAGGUUUUUUGGGCUUUGCCAGCUGGUGGAGUUACUUUACGCUCUUCACUUCAUCAGCGCUUGGCAUUGUUUAUCAAUCGUAUUUUAGCAAAACAUGAGGCAUAAGUGGCGUGAAGUUUAUAUUGUUUUUUAUUUAUUUUUUAGUGCUUUAUUUUUAUAGUAUUGACAGGUGUAUUACUGUAAAGAAUUGGAAAAAGGUCAAAAAUACUGUUGAUUUGUACGCCUUUAGUAAAGUAGUUAUGUUUUAUUUUAAAUUUAAUUAUUUCGCCCACAUUGUUUGCUAUCUAUGCUCUAUUACAUAAGUCCCACGCCGAAUUAAUAAACCAAAAUAGUAUAUUUUUAUUUAAUUUUAGUUUGUAACCUUAAGUUGAAGUAAUUUAACUCACUUUUGAUGGCAAUAAAAAUGGAUAUUAUGAGAAGA